AUGAGCUUGGAAGCCAAAUAUCGUGCAGCUUCCCUGUACGUGGGAGACCUCCACGAAGAUGUCACUGAGGAUGUGUUGUUCAGGAAGUUCAACACAGUGGGACCGGUGUUGUCCAUACGCAUCUGCAGGGAUCUGGUUUCCCGUCGUUCCCUAGGAUAUGCCUAUGUCAACUUUCUCCAGCUGGAUGAUGCCCAGAAGGCCCUAGACACCAUGAACUUUGACUUGAUCCAAGGCAAAUCCAUCCGUCUCAUGUGGUCUCAGCGGGAUGCCUACCUGAGGAAAUCGGGAAUCGGGAACGUGUUUAUUAAGAAUCUGGACAAAUCCAUUGAUAAUAAAACCUUGUAUGAACACUUCUCACCCUUUGGAAAAAUCCUGUCCUCCAAGGUGAUGAGCGAUGAAGAAGGCUCCAGGGGCUAUGGCUUCGUGCACUACCAGGACCAGAGUGCUGCAGACAGGGCCAUUGAGGAGAUGAAUGGGAAGCUGCUGAGGGAUUGCACAGUGUUUGUAGACAGAUUCAAAAGCCGUAAGGAUCGGGAGGCAGAGCUCAGAAGCAAAACCAGUGAAUUCACUAAUGUGUACAUCAAAAACUUGGGGGACAAUAUGGAUGAUGAGGGGCUAAAGAACAUUUUCAGCAAAUACGGCCAAACUUUGAGCGUUAAGGUGAUGAAAGAUGACAAUGGCAAAUCCAAAGGCUUCGGAUUUGUGAGUUUUUAUAACCAUGAGGCUGCCAGAAAUGCAGUUGAAGAAAUGAAUGGGCAGGAUAUAAACGGGCAGACAAUUUUUGUAGGCAGAGCUCAGAAGAAGGUAGAACGCCAGGCUGAGUUAAAGGAAAAGUUUGAACAGAUGAAAAAGGAAAGAAUCCGUGCACGUCAAGCCGCGAAGCUUUACAUUAAGAACCUGGAUGAAACCAUUGACGACGAAACACUGCGCAGGGAAUUUUCUUCCUUUGGGUCCAUUUGCAGAGUCAAGGUGAUGCAGGAAGCAGGGCAGAGCAAAGGCUUUGGCUUGAUCUGCUUUUUCUCUCCCGAGGCGGCUGCUAAAGCAAUGGCUGAGAUGAAUGGCCGCAUCCUGGGCUCCAAAGCCCUCAACAUUGCACUGGGUCAGAAGCACUGA